UUUAGCGCAAAUAGCGGAGUGUAUGAAAAGUUUAAUAUUUUUCGUGAAGAUGGCUUCAAAUGAAGAGUUUAGUAAAUUAUCAGCAAUAAUGUAUCAACAUUUGGAUGAACACGAAGAAUGCGUUAAGAAGCUGUGUAUGGCAGAAUCCAUCUUGCCAAUGACAGAUUUUUACAAUACUUACGAAAGUGAAGUUAAGGAAAUUGAGUCGCAGCUCGCAUCCGGGAAAGCAGAUAUAAGCAUUCAAACAUUUGCAAAUGCAUUUAAAAGUUUUGAUGAGUAUCCCGUAAAUUUGCAGAAACCGAAAAAGAAAUUACAUAAAGAUGUUAGUAGAGAUAAUACCACUGAUCUUAGAAGUUUCUCAGAAAACAUGAGCGACAUUACAAUUGUAAGAAAUGGUGAUACUACGAUGUCAAAAGAGUAUGCUUCUGCAACAAAGGCUCUUACCGAUUUUAGAAAAUUUCGUCAAAACCUGAAAAUACUUUGCAAUGAAAUAAAACAGCAAGACAUCACUACCCAAUAUGCAGCCAAACUUCGGCAACUUACAUGCUUUGCCUCAGAGCUGGAAAAGCUUGUGCCUACAGAUAUGUCAACAGAAGUUGCUUUCGAUUCGAAUGAGGUUGCCAACUUGUGUCACCUAGCACAGAGAGCAGAGGAUCUUGCAUUUAUACAAAGCAAUCAACAGUUAUUCGAAAUUACUCCACAAAAUAAUGUGGCACGUUUAGAUAAUAUCGUUGAUUUGUUAACGCAUUCAUUAAACUCUAUUAAUUGUCUGAAUUAAACUAAUUAAUUAAAAUAAAUAUGCUUAAUC